CUUUUUCCUCCGAGCCUCUUCGCUCAGCGCCCCUGCGGUGGCGCAGCCCGUCCUGGCCGCGCCGCGGACCCCACCAGCUCGGCAGCCAGCCAUGGCCCGCUCCUCCGCCGUGCUGCUCCUCGUGGGCGGCGCCUCGGCCUACGUGCACGGCCCCGGCGCGCGCGCACCCCUGCCGCAGCCGCCCGCCGCCGUGCCCGCCGCGGCCGCGCUGGGACCCCUGGGCGCGGAGAGGAGGCCUCCUGGGCGGCGUGGGCCGCGCCUCUGCUGGGCGCCGGGGCGGCGCUCGGCCUCGUGGUGUCGGUCGCCGCGGCACCGGCGAGGGCCAUCACCGCGGAGCAGUUCAGCCAGCUCACCUACUCUCAGGUCCGGGGCUCCGGCCUCGCGAACCGCUGCCCCACGGUGGACCAGGUGGGCACGGAGGUCCCCGUCGUGAAGGGCAGCAGGAUGAAGAACUUCUGCCUGGAGCCGAAGUCCUUCGCCGUCGAGGCCGAGACCGACAAGGGCAAGGAGUUUGUCACCACCAAGCUGACGACGAGGCAGACGUACACAAUCGCGUUUGUUGAAGGCUCGCUGAGCCCCAACCCCCUCACCUUCAAGGAGGAGGACGGCAUGGACUUCCAGGCGACGACCGUGAAGCUGCCGGAUGGCGAGUACGUGCCCUUCCUGUUCUCCUGCAAGUCGCUGGUGGCAAAGGGCGAGGGCAGCUCCUUCAAGCCGGGCUACACCUGGGGCGGCGAGUUCAUGGUACCGUCCUACCGCACCGGCGGCUUCCUCGACCCCAAGGGCCGCGGCAUGUACCUCGGCUACGACCAGGCCGUGGCCCUGCCCGCGCUGCAGGCCGAUGGCAAGGAGGGCCAGGAGGAGCUGUUCAAGGAGACGAACAAGGUGUUCGACGUCGGCAAGGGCGCCAUCGAGAUGGAGGUUAACAAGGUGAACCAGGAGCUUGGCGAGAUCGGUGGCGUCUUCGUCUCCAAGCAGCCGUCCGACACGGACAUGGGUGCCAAGGCGCCGAAGACGAUCUUGCUCAAGGGCGUGUUCUACGGCAAGGUGGUCUGA